AUGGCUGGGUUGGAGGAGCUCAAGCGGCGGCUGCGGCCCCUGUCCUUCGACGCGGACGGCAGCGGCGGCGAGGUAAGGACCCCCUUACCUCUAGUGGAGAUUACUUGUGACCUGGUUUUGGAAGGUGGAACUGUCAAUUUACUGAGUAGAUCUUCUGGCGAAUACAAUAUCAGUGAGCUUGGCUUCCAUAAACGAAAGGCUGGACAAGACAAAGCGCGUUCUUCUGAAAAGGCAUACCGAUGCUCAUCUCGCGAGAUGCAUAUUUUUGGUUCUGUUGAUAGUGGUUCAAGCAGUGUUGUCCAUAGAGCUAUUUUUAUACGAGUUCAUCGAAUUAUGGCUCUGAAGAAGAUAAAUGUUUUUGAGAAGGACAAAAGAGAACAGAUCCUUAAUGAGUUGGGAACAUUAUCAGAAGCCUGUUGCUAUCCAGGCUUGGUUGAAUUCCAUGGAGCAUUUUACAAGCCAAAUUCUGGAGCAAUAUACUUUGCACUUGAGUAUAUGGAUGGCGGUUCUUUAGCAGAUAUCAUCAGGGUCAAGAAAUUUAUAGCAGAACCAGUUCUUGCACAUAUGCUGGUGAAAGUAUUGCCGGCCCUGCGCUAUUUGCAUGAAGUGAAGCAUGUAGUGCACAGAGAUAUAAAACCAGCAAAUUUGCUUGUAAAUCUCAAGGGUGAUGUAAAAAUUACCGAUUUUGGGGUGACAUCUGGCUUGCAUGAUUCAGUGAGCACGUGUGCUACCUUCGUUGGCACUGUCACAUACAUGUCUCCUGAGAGGAUAAGGAACUACUCAUAUGCUGCUGAUAUCUGGAGCCUUGGGCUAACAGUAUUAGAAUGUGCUACCGGAAGAUUUCCAUAUUGUGUAAAUGGAGGCCUCAGCGAUCUCAUGUUGCAGAUAUUGGAUGAUCCAUCACCAACACCAGCAAAAUAUGUAUAUUCACCGGAGUUCUGCUCUUUCAUCAGUGCUUGCUUGCAAAAAGAUGCUGACGCAAGGCCAACAUGUGAGCAGCUUUUGUCUUAUCCCUUCAUCGAUAGAUACAGGAGAACUGGUGUGGACUUGCCCUCUUAUUUUAAAAGUGUUCAUGAUCCGACAGAAAUAUUAUGGCAAAUAGCACACAUGCUUGCUGUACAUUACUACCUGAUCUUUUAUGGUUCGGAUAAUGUCUGGCGUUACAUGAAAACAUUCUAUAGAGAAGAGUCUGUUUUCAGUUUCUUAGGGGAAGAACAUGUCGGCCAAAGCGACAUAUUUAGGACCUUGUCAAGAAUAAGGAAAAUGCUGAAAGGUAAGCGCCCUCGUGGUAAGAUCGUUCAUGUAAUAGAGAAGGUUCGCUGUUGUGCACAUGGGGAAGAAGAAGGUGUUGCGAUUCGUGUGUCUGGGUCAUUCAUUGUCGGGAAUGAGCUCCUUGUUUGUGAAGAUGGGUUACGAGCUGAAGGGAUGCCAAUCACUGAUGAAGGGAUGCGAAGCACCGAUGAACUCCCCGUUAACAUAUAUCAUGAGCAAGCGGGUCGGUCGUUUUAG